AGGAGAGCGCAUAGCUCGGAUAAGCAGACGAGCACGAAGGGCGCAGCCGAGCUAAAAAGCUGCAAAGCCAUAUAAACAAAGAAAGAGGGCUUGAAAUGCGGGAGAGCCAUGUUGUCCAGAAAGGGGCUCAUUCCGGAGGACUACCUGCUGACGCGCUUGGCCGAGGACGUCCAACAGCCCAAGUUCAAAUCGAAAGCAAGGAAAGCCCGCUUCGUGGCCAAGAACGGCGCCUGCAAUGUGGCGCACACCAACAUCCGAGAGCAGGGUCGCUUCCUGCAGGACGUCUUCACCACUCUGGUGGACCUGAAAUGGCUCCACACGCUCAUCAUCUUCACCAUGUCGUUCCUGUGCAGCUGGCUUCUGUUCGGGAUGAUCUGGUGGCUCAUCGCCUUCGCGCACGGCGACUUGGACCGGCGGGCGGGCGACUCGGCGCCGUGCGUCACGGACAUCCACUCCUUCUCCUCCGCCUUCCUCUUCUCCAUCGAGGUGCAGGUGACCAUCGGCUUCGGGGCGAGGAUGGUGACGGAGGAGUGCUUGUCCGCCAUCGUCGUCCUGAUCGUGCAGAACAUCGUGGGGCUGGUCAUCAACGCCAUCAUGCUGGGCUGCAUCUUCAUGAAGACGGCGCAGGCGCACAGGCGCGCCGAGACGCUCAUCUUCAGCAAGCACGCCGUCAUUUCGGUGCGGAACAACAAACUUUGCUUCAUGGUGCGAAUCGGCGACCUGAGGAAGAGCAUGAUCAUCAGCGCCACCGUGCGGAUGCAGGUGGUCAGGAGAAGCGCCACCGAGGAGGGCGAGGUGGUGCCCCUGGACCAGAUCGACAUCCACAUGGAUAACCCGGUGGGCACCAACGGGGUCUUCCUGGUGUCCCCGCUCAUCAUCUGCCACGUCAUCGACAAGGACAGCCCCCUGUACGGCACGUCCGCCGCGGACCUGCAACACGACGACGUGGAGGUCGUGGUGGUCCUGGAGGGCGUGGUGGAGACCACCGGCAUCACCACGCAGGCCAGGACCUCCUACGUGUCCGAGGAGAUCCUGUGGGGCCAGCGGUUCGCGCCCACCGUGUCUGAGGAGGACGGCAUGUACGCGGUGGACUACUCCAAGUUCGGCAACACGCAGAAGGUUCCCACGCCGUGCUGCAGCGCCAAGAAAAUGGACGAGGCGGGCGGCAUAGCGAGGUUUAAAGUCAACGAGGGCGUCGACUUGCGGCCGUCGGCGAGGAGGCGGCGGGGGGCCGGCGUGGCCCGGCGCUCCAGGUUGGAGAGCCGAUGACAAUUU